CGUCAAACGUCUGAUGUGAUUGGUCAAUAGCGGACCACGUGAUCCACGUGCGCUACAUGCCCAAUUCUGUGAUCUCUCGCCCGCGUGUGUGAGAGAAGCGAAUCCGCGGCUCAGUCUUCAGUGAACAUCCAGCUAACUAACUGCAUCAUCUAACCAUGCCUAAAUCUAAAGAGGCGUUGUCGUCCACAUCAGGCAGUGACUCUGACAGUGAAGCCGAAACAAAGGCUAAGAGGAAGAAGGCAAGCAAAGUGGAGAAGCCUGCAAAAAAACAGAAGGGUGGUGAGACCUCCAAGCCAAGCGGCUCCACUAAGAGUGACGAUAAUGCUGGUGACAACAUGUUUCAGAUUGGGAAAUUACGAUACGUCAGUGUCCGAGAUUUCAAAGGGAAGGUGUUGAUUGACCUUAGGGAAUACUGGAUGGACCAAGCAGGUGAAAUGAAGCCUGGCAAAAAAGGUAUUUCGUUGAACCCAGAGCAGUGGAACCAGCUGAAGGAACAAAUGUCGGACAUCGAUGACGCAAUAAGACGAUUAUAAACCUUGCCUGUGUUUCAGUGGGAGGGCCGGGUGGGGCAAAGUGUUUUUAGAAUUCUUUGGCAUCUGGACACUGGGUGAAAAAAAAUUUUGUGCGAGUUUUUUUCCUUCAGCUUGUGUAUUUUUCUUUUGCCUGGGAUGCAACAAUCCCAAACCUUUUUUUUUUCUUUUUUCUUUUUUCUUCUCCCACCCAUAUUUGAUUUGAUAUCCAUAUGAGCUCUAAAUGUAUUCGGUGUAACAUGAAGACAGCCAUAGUAUUUUAUUUUUUAUUUUUGCAAGUUUCUGUUGCUAAGUUAUGCAAGACAUAAGAGACACGAUGUUCACAAUCUGUGUGUCGGUCAGUGUAACAACCCCAGUGUUUUAAGCCAGUAAAGGACCAGUAAUAUUACUCUGUAUCAUGUUGGUUUAUCCCUAGUGGUUGCAUUUAAGUUCAAUUUUUUAUUUUUUUUUCCUCUGGUGAUAUGUUCAGAAUUCAGCUUGUUCUUUGUAUUAGAUGGUUGAAAGUUCACAAUAGAUAAGCACUGCUUUGGGAAUAAACGUGUCACACUGUUCCUUAUAUUUGGUAUAUGUAAUAAAGAGAACAUUGUGUA